ACAAAAAAAAACUGAUGAACGUAUAAGUCGAUAGUCGAUACUUUUGAAAAUCGAUGUAACAUCGAUAUCGACAUUUCAUAAAAUCGAAAUAUCGAGAUUUUAUUGAUAAUGAUAAAAAAUAAUGAUAAAAAUCCGCAUAAAUUUUUGAUCACUAAAAAUUGCUGGAAAAUGUCGUAGAAAUUUAAAUUGUGAUCGAUUUCUUAAAUGUUUAGCUAAAAUUAAUAAUGUGUUGAUCCACAUCUAGUCAUUGCAUAGUAGUUAGUAAUUAAUGUACGUAAUAUUUUCAAUGAAUUUUUUGUAUCCGCAAUCCAUUUAUAGUUACCCUGCGAAGCUCUGUAAAUCAUCAAUCAUGUGUACCUGAACCUGAACACUCUUCUGCAAUCUCUUCGAAAACUACCUAGAGGCAACAACUGAAAAAUAUGGAGGAUUUAGUCUGCUAUUUAUCCCAAUUCACUGAUUAUUUACUUAAUCAAAUCAUAAUCCUGAAGCAUGAAGCAAAUACAACUCUUGAAAGCUGUUUGCGUGAGACGAGAGAUAUGGUUGUCUAUGUAUCGUCAAACACAUCCAUUGAAACCUUACUUACUAACAUUCAAAAUCAUUUGAAUCAGCUAUACUUACAAUUGAUAAUUAUUCCAUAUCAAAACUCGUUCUAUGUUCCAAAUGGUGUCAAUCAUUUACGAAAUUUUUCGUACUCCAUUCGACUAUGGAAUAGAAGCCAUGCUGUAGCUGGACUUGCUGGGUUUUUCGUUGGAGGUUGUUUAUUCACCUUGUUAGGUCAGCAUUUAUUCACUCGAACGAAGUACUUAGCUCCUAUGAGAGCUGUGGUGGCGAAAAAUGACAGAGGAGUGCAGGGCAUUAAUUAUUUCGAAGAGGCUUCUAUUCCUCUUCUAAGUAACGCUGAUGAAGUUCUGAUUCACGUGAAAGCUGGUUCUUUAGAUCCUAUUGAUAUUCAGAUUGCUCUAGGACAUGGAAAAGUUUUAAGAGAACUGUUCAACAAUAAUGUCUUGAAAAAACGAAACGAUUAUCCCAUUAUUUUGGGUCGUGACUGCGCCGGAGUAAUUGUUGAAAUAGGCCAAAAUGUAAAAAAAUUCGAGGUUGGUGACGAAGUUUGGGCAGCUGUACCGUAUUGGAUGACUGGUACUUUAGCUGAGUAUGUAGCUGUAAAAGAAUGUUUUGUGGCUCACAAACCCGAAAGAUUAGACUUCUUCGACGCUGCCUCCCUUCCAUACUCUGGUUGUAUCGCUUUAGAUUGUGUGAAAAAUCGAGCAGGAAUCGUUGAUUCGUGCAUUGGAAGAGGGAAAAGGGUACUAGUUCAUGCCGGAAAUACUGCCAUCGGCUGUAUUAUUAUCCAGUUGUGUUCCAUUUAUAAUGUUAGUAUAACGACAUCGUGUAUGUCUCAAGCUGUAAAUAAAAUGUUGGAUGCCGGUGCCCAAAGCAUAUUGCUUUUAGACCACAUGAGCCCAGAUUUACCGCAAUCUAGACGUUACGACAUUGUGUUCAAUACUGUAGGCUCAGCAGCUGAAGAAUUUUGCGUCAAUAUGGUGAGAAAUGAUGGCUUAUUAAUAAAUGCAUCUUCCGAAUAUUAUAUACCUCAAGAUUGGGAUGGAUAUUUGUUGUGUAAAAUUUAUUCAUUUUGGUUGAAAAUCCUUCAGAAAUGUGGAGUCAAUUUAUGGAAAGAUGUGCCGCUGAAUUCUAGCAUAUUGGACGAAUUAAGCGAACUUGUAAAUGAAGGGAGACUGUAUCCAGUCACCGAUAGUGUAUUCAAAGUGAAGUCUUGUGAAAGAGCAUUCUGGUUUCUCAAUUCAACCAAAGUAGUCGGAAAACCUGUGAUAUAUUUUAAUACGCAUGGAGAUACUGGGUUCAAUUAAUUCAUUUUUAUCUGAAUUGGGGGAAUGAAACGUCGUCGUGGUUUUUCCAAAGAAUAACAACGAUUGACCUUUGGAAUUGAAGUAACGUAGGUUAAACCUCAUUCAAGAUAAUGAUCUCAUCUCUGUUGUAGUUUAGGUAGAUAAUAGAUUAUUGUAAAAUUAUAGCAUUUAAUAAAUCUCGAAAAAACCGUUGUAAAUGUAGGGAUAAUACAUUAUGCUUUUAUUACUUAUAGUAGUUAAUAUGGACUUAGAUGCUUUGUGUGUUUGAAAUUUUACUUCCCCCUUCCUUAAUUUUUAACAAAGUCUUAAUUGUUUUAUCGUUUGGAUUUUUAUUUAGGUAAUGAUACGAAAUACAAAAAGUGAUUGUACUAUAAUAAGUAGUGACCAAAGAUAUAUUCUGUAAUGAUUAUUUAUAUACGUGGAGGUUUCCUCAUUUUCCAAUGAUUGUUGAAAUUUUAAUUCGUAAUCAUGAACAACACUUUGUGAUCAAUGUGUGUAAUACGUAUCAGAAAAAAUUUCGCUAUGAAACUUGAUGUAAUGGUGUUAUGAAAAAUAAAUCAUUUUCUAUGCGAGUA